CUCUCUCGCCCUUCCCGCCGCCGCCGCCCGCCGCCGCCACUCCCGAGCAGCAACCAUGGGGCGCAUGCACAGCCGCGGGAAGGGCAUCUCGUCGUCGGCGCUGCCGUACAAGAGGACUCCGCACAGCUGGGUCAAGACUCCCGUCGCCGAUGUGAACGAAUUGAUUACCAAGGCUGCAAAGAAGGGCCAGAAGCCGUCACAGAUCGGCGUCCUGCUCCGUGACCAGCAUGGUAUUCCGCUCGUCAAGAGCGUCACCGGGAGCAAGAUCCUCCGCAUCCUCAAGGCCCAUGGUCUGGCGCCAGAGAUCCCGGAGGACCUCUACUUCCUGAUCAAGAAGGCAGUGGCGAUAAGGAAGCAUCUGGAGAGGAACAGGAAGGACAAGGACUCCAAGUUCAGGCUCAUCCUUGUGGAGAGCAGGAUCCACCGCCUCGCCCGCUACUACAAGCGCACCAAGAAGCUCCCGCCCACCUGGAAGUAUGAGUCUACCACCGCCAGCACUCUGGUGGCCUAAGGGGAGCUCUGCAUCUGGUGUGCUCUUAACUGCUUAAAGCGUGAUUGUUCUAGAAACCAUUCGUAUGUAAUGCUUUAUGAGUUUGGAGCCAAUUAGAAGCUGCAAUUUUCUAUGUUACCUGGAGGUUACCGUAAAACUUUUCUGGAUUCGCAAUUCUGUCUGUUAAACGACUCUGUUGUCAUGUAUCCAGAUUUUGUCAGUUAUAAUUAAUGGUUACCAUACAAUGUGUGAUCUC